GGGAAGAAGCGGCGGCGCACGGGGUGCGCUGGGUGCGGGACCCUCCGGCUGCGCGGCCCCGGGGCAGGAUGAAGCUGUGCUGCCUCCUGCUGGUUACUUUAUGGCUGUGGAUGGCCACCCUCAGCAGCAGCUCAGAGCGCUGUGAUGACUGGGGAGUGGACACCAUGAAACAAAUCCAGGUCUACGACGGGGAGCCAGCUAGGAUCAAAUGCCCGCUCUUCGAGGCCUUUCUAAAAUACAACUACAGUACAGCCCAUUCGGCCGGCUUAACCCUCAUGUGGUACUGGACUGGGCAGGACCGGGACCUGGAGCAGCCAAUCAACUUCCGUCGCCCGGACAAUCGCAUCAGUAAGGAAAAAGACACCCUUUGGUUCCGGCCUGCCCUUCUCAAUGACACUGGGAAUUAUACCUGCAUGCUCAGAAACACAACCUAUUGCAGCAAGGUCGCGUUUCCCCUGGAGGUUGUUCAGAAAGACCAAACUUCUUGCGUCAGCCAAUCAAUAAAACCCACCGAAGAGCUGUUCUAUUUGGAGCAUACUAACGGGAAGAUCAUUUGUCCAGAUAUUGAUGGCUUUUAUCCUCCCAGCGUAAGACCAACUGUCAACUGGUACAGGAACUGCGUGUUGGUGAAAGGCUUCCACGACCGAUAUCCCGAGGGCCCAACGCUCAUCAUUGGCAUUGUCCGCAGUGUGUAUGAAGGCAACUACACCUGCAUUGUGAGCUACAAGGAGAACGGAAGGACCUACAACCUCACCAGAAGCAUAAGGAUGAAGGUAGUAGGGUCUCCAGACAAGGCAGUGCCACCACAGAUUCUCUCUCCAAAUGAGAAAAUAAUCUACGAACUCGAAGCAGGUGCUGAGCUUGUUCUGCCCUGUGAAGUUUACUUCACCUUUCUGAAGGAUUCCCGAACAGAGGUUUGGUGGACAGUUGAUGGAAAAAAUACAGACGAUAUCACAGACCUGAAAAUGAACGUCUCCGAAAGCGUAUUUACUGCCGACCUUGGACAUAAGCACAUCACAAGGACUCUGACCAUUUCCAAGGCCACACCCAAGGACUUGAAGCGUAACUACACUUGUCAUGCCAGAAACACCAAAGGGGAGGAUCACCAGGCAGCCACGGUGAGAAUGAAAGUUCUAGCUCCAAGGUACACCGUGGAACUGGCCUGCGGACUAGGUGCCACCGUCUUGCUGGUGGUGAUCCUAAUUGUUGUCUACCACGUUUAUUGGCUCGAAAUGGUUCUCUUCUACCGGGCUCACUUUGGAACGGACGAAGCCAUUCUAGACGGGAAGGAGUAUGACAUUUACGUGUCCUAUGCCCGGAAUGCCGAGGAGGAGGAGUUCGUGCUGCUGACCCUGCGUGGAGUCCUGGAGAACGAGUUUGGAUACAAGCUGUGUAUCUUCGACAGAGACAGCCUCCCCGGGGGAAUUGUCACAGACGAAACUCUGAGCUUCAUCCAGAAAAGCCGCCGCCUGCUCGUUGUGCUGAGCCCCAACUACGUCCUUCAGGGCACGCAAGCCCUUCUGGAGCUCAAAGCCGGGCUGGAGAACAUGGCCUCCCAGGGCAGCAUCCGAGUCAUCCUGGUCCAGUACAAAGCCAUCAAGAAGAGCAAGGUGAAGGAGCUGAAGCAGGCCAAAACUGCGCUCACUGUCAUCAAGUGGAAAGGCGAGAAGUCCAAGUACCCACGGGGCAGGUUCUGGAAGCAGCUGCAGGUGGAGAUGCCACUGAAGAAGAAGACCAGGCACGCUACCAUCAGUGAGCAGGAGCUUUCCGAUUCCUCCCUGCAAGAUGUUUGAUAGAGGAGAGGAUAGCGAGGCUGGGGAGGGGACAAGAACAUGUCCACUGAGGGUUUACAGUGAAGGAUUCCGUCUCGAGCAUUUCAGAACGGCACCUCCCUACGGCGCUUCAAACUGCCCUGGUCAGAGAAGAGCUCACUGGCCACUGUUUCAAACGAGCCCCCUUUUAUUUAGCUGGACAAGACCUGGUCAGCGUUACAUCCACUCUCAGGGGCUAAAUGUUUGCCAUCCAGGAGGGGUGCAAGCAUCCUUUGGGGGAAGGGAGGUGUUUGCAUGGGUCAGCGUUCUCACUCUUGGGAUCUGACCUGAGCCCUGCCCUGUAUUCUGGGACCUUGAUCCCCCUUUCUCUCCUUAAGACCUUUCAUCCCUUCUUAUUAGUGGCUCGUGGCGGUAGCGACCCCUCAGAGAAGCACCAGGCCAGUUUGAACAAAGUCACCAGACUGGCUGUUAUGCGUUCAGUAUGGACCGUACACUACAACACAUGUUCACACCUAACACUCGGCUGGCCCGUACCGUUCCCGGACAUGUUCCCAUGGGAACGACUCCCUUCAGGGACUUUACAAAUGUGAAGCGAUUGUCACAGAAACCUACUUAUGUUUUGUUUGGAAGGUACUACUUGGUGGUAUUUGUUUUACAGCCCUUCUGGCAAAAGCUGGCCCAGCUCAGAAACUCAUCGCAGUCUUCUGAGUUUCCAGGCCCCUGUGGUGCCCCAUCCUCGGAAUCGAGGUGAGUUUCUCCAUUAAUACAGUGCCGCAGAGCCUGGCUUCACAUGCACGUGUGACCCUCAUUCGUAGAACAAGCUCAGGGACUUCAUAAGGGUUGCAGACGGCUCCGUUUUACUGCUGAAGAGCAAUGAUGCUGCUGGGCAUUGGAAAACACUGUGGAAGGAGUUGAAGGAGACAUUUUGUUUCAAAACCAAAACCCAAACCACCUCUCUCCAAGUUCUGCCCACAUCUACAUGCACUUGGUACGUGAGUCAACCAGCACAUCUGUUGCUGCCAGACAUGCUUGGGGUGGCACUUCGGAGAGCUCACAUUGCACUGGGAUGUCCGCACUUACUGCUCUCCUGGCUCAGAAGUGCCGCAAUGACAACGUUGCUUGUAUUUCACAGUAUAUAACAGGCGGACCUCAGCAGCUCUUGUUGAGACACCUAGGACUGAGUCUGCACUAGGGUGACCAGAUGUCCCGAUUUUAAAGGGACAGUCCCGAUAUUUGGGGGGGGUUCUUAUAUAGACUAUUACCCUCCACCCCCACUGCAAUUAUUCACACUUGCUGUCUGGUCACCCUAGUCUGCACAUACAUUCCAGAUGUUCGGGGAAGGCUGAAUGCCCCCUGCACAGAUUUUUAAGGAGUAUGAAGCAAUAAAGCAUUUUUAUUUAUUCUCUUACUUGUCCUGAUGUUUGGUUUUGUAGAGCCACACUUUUUAAAACAACGGUUAUGGAAGUGUAUUUGCCAACCUAUAUUUUGUUUCUGAAUUCCCACUCUCUGAAGUGAGAAGCACCAAGGAUACUAGCAGGGCUGGACGUGCAAGAAGCAGUGCGACGCACAAGGGGAGCGGUUCUGGGCCACUGGCACAUGUCUGACCGGUCCUGACAAGUGUCUUUCCUGGUCUUAAUAGUGCCCAUCAGUGCUGGGCCCCAGUGCACCAGUCCUGCCUGCCUUCCAGCUGUUCCUUCAUGCUCUCACUCUGUUCCCGCGGUGACGUCAGUGGUAAAGCCCCCCCGUCAUCAGUGGCAGCAGGGUUAGGCCGGGAGCUUUUGAAAAUUCCACUCUGGGCUGCUUUACCCUGGAUUAGACAGGAGGCAGCGGCACUGGCCGGAAGAGGCAAGGGCUUGGCAUGCAGGCCUUUCCCAUUGUCAGCUCACUGGGGCAAGCAUCGGACUCAUUACAGAGCCCAGCAUAAUGGGGCUGGCUCUGGCUGGCGCGUUGAGACUCUGCUGUGAUAGAAAUGUUUACUAAUGAUAAAUAUUAGAGGACAAUCGGUUCUCGGGGCAGGUCAGCUCUGCCCUGCUUUCCUAGGGAAGGAGGAUUGGUUUUUCCAUGUGUCUGUAGAUUUGUUAAUCAUUUACUAUUGUCCUAAAAUUCUCUGCCUCCCUUGAGGCACCUAGCUGUCUUGGUACAUGGGGGCGUUUUUGCUUUAUUCUGGAACUGAGCGUUACUCCUGGUAAAUGCAUGUACGUUGUUUGUGGCUAAGAUUGUAACUCUUGAUUGACCUGUAACUUGCCCUGUCACUCGAGCAGUGUCAGGCUAUCCGGAGCUGCUCACAAGCGCGAGUACCAACCUCAGGGCAGAUUGUGAAGAAAUGGCACAAACCCCAAACUGGGUGUGAGUCCGAAACCUAGAUUUCACUAGCCAAGUAUCUAGUGUGAACUCAAGAACUGUGACAGCCUUAACAUGGAGUCACAGACAGUCCCCUUGGGCAAUCCAAUCUAUCUUGCCACCUAGGUAAGCUUGUCCUUGUGAUAGAUGGUCCCUUACCCCCCAAAAUCACAACAAUAUUCAGGUUACUCCCAGUCCCAAACGUCCAGUUGCUGACUCCAGUUCAGUUGCAUCCUAGAUAUCUCACCAGAGCCAACACUUGUAGCCAAUCCUAUAAUAAACAAACCAGAUUUAUUAAGUAAGAAAAGAAAUGAGAGCUCUUUCCAAGGUUACAGCAGGUAACAUACACACACCAAUAGGUUACCGUCUGAGGUUACAAAGGGGUAACAGAAGUUGCUGUAAUAUGCAAGUUCUAUGCCCUUCAGGACUAACCUAUGCUAAGCCCUGGGGAUCUCUUGAUUAGGCUUAGAAAUCUUUGCCCCUAAGUGUUCCAGCAGCACAGAGCUGGAGGUUCUUCUUGCUGGGGAUUUUUAUUCCCUUCCUCCCCGAGCUCUAAGU